GGCAACAUGAGGUCCUACAGCUUCUGGUUCCUUACAGCGUUCCUGGUUUUUGCGACCCUGGCGCUCGGGGAAGCAGUCAAAGGGGGUAAAGAGAAGUGGGGAAAUUGCCCAGCCGAGAAAGGAAGCUGCAUCAAGUCCGGUCCGUCCCAGUGUCAUGCCGAUAAUGACUGUCCUGGGGACAAGAAGUGCUGCUUCCUGAGUUGUAGCUUCAAAUGUGUGAGUCCUGACAGGAUCAGAAAGGAAGGUAUCGGUCAAAUGGCACCUGUUCCUCAGGGUGCUGAAUCUUGGAAUGUGGGACAAGAAGCGAGCCCCCAGAAGGAAUGGUCCUGAAAUCCUUUUCCCCAAAGAGAGGAAAGAGCCUCAAAGAGUCCAGACCCCAGUGGCUAGCUUUUCCUUCUCUGCCCAAUGCUCAUUCCCUACCUGCAUGAAUGGACCCCGCCCCCUGCCAUGAAUGAGAUCAGUGCCCUUAUAAAAGACACCCCAGAGAGUUGUCUUGCUCUUCUGCCAUGUGCAGACACAGCUAGACGACUCUGUCAGAGACCAGAAAUGAGCCCUCACUAGAUGCCAAAUUUGCUGGCACCUUGAUCUUGUACUUCCCAGCCUCCAGAACUGUGAGAAAUAAAUGUCUGUUGUG